CCGCCCCCCCGCCCCCCCGUCCCUCUCCCUCGCCCUCCCGCUUUCUGGCUUGCCUCUUGCUCGGUCGCCGCCCGCCGGUUGCUGCAUCUCGCCAUGUCUCGAUCCCGCUCCGAUCGAGGCGGCGCUGACGGGCCAUUCGUCUUCCCCCCAUCGCCGGAUUCCACUGGCCCACUCUUCUUCGAUGACGAUCCGCUCUUCGACGAUCCAGUGGCCAUGGCCCACGCGUCCCCCCUGCCGCGAGCGCGCUCGGCGGCUGCGCCAGGACGCUCGGCCUCGGCCCCGGCCCCGGUCCGAUCGACCCCGGCCCCGGCCCCCGUCGAUCCGCCGGCCGAUGCACGCUUCGCCAUCCCGGUGGACAUCUUCGCCGAUGGCCUGCCUGAUGGCAUCCCCCCGGCAUCGGCCGAGAAUCCCCUUUCCUUUUCGGCCUUCCAGUCGAAGAAGUCGGUGAAGGCUGAGCGCCGGCCGUCGGCCACCCCCAGCGUUACCUCCAGCAGCACCCCCUCGCCCCGACCUGCCAGCCCGACCAUUGCUGUGCCUGUGGUCCUGCCCUUCCCGAACACCCCCGGACCUCCCCCGGCGCCGGAUGCCGUCUCGCUCCCGGCCCUCCCGUCCCUUCCCACGCUGCCAGUUGUGCCAACCGCCUUCUCGGAUCUCUCCGACUCCGAGGAUGAGGGAGCCUCUGCGGCCUCCGGCCGGCCGGCUCUUGGCAUCCCCAGUGUCCCCACCAUCCCCACGGUCCCGCCCAUUCCCAUCAUUCCCACGGUCCCGCCCGUCCCCGUUGUCCCGCCCGUCCCCGUUGUCCCGCCCGUCCCCGGGGCCAAGACUUCCACUCGAGCGAAGGUGUCUCGAUCGCGCGAGGUUGCUCUGCCGGUGGUAGACCCGCUGGCCGGCCUGCCGGCGGUGGACGCCUCGCCUGCCACUGGGGCCAAUGCCUCCCCGGGUGUCGCGCCGGGUCCCAUGGCUCGGUCAUCGCGUCCUGCCAAAUCUGCUGCUGCGCUUCCGACGAUUGUGGUCCCGAAUGUGGACCCCGGGACGCCGAGCGCUCCGCCAGCCCUGCCAGCCACCCCCAGCCAGCCGCCCCAGCCGAGCCCGGAAAUCCUGCAAGAGCUCGAGGCGCUUCGUCACAAGGUGGCCAAGCAGGACAACUCCAUCCAGCGCUUGAAGAAGCUGAUCCUCGAGGAGCGCGAGCAACACACCAGCACCCUGUCGACCCUGGAAACAGCCCUCGAGGCGGCGGAAGUGGCCCAGACACGCGUGCACGCCGAGCACCGGGCCAUGCGGGACAAGUGUGCCCAGCUCCAGCAGGAGCUCGACACCACCCGGCAACAGCAGGCCCAGCAGGCCAUGAUGCUGGAGCAGGCACAGCUGCGUGCGGCCCAAGCGGAGGCGGCCUUGGCCGUGGCUCGCGGCGAUCCCGGGGCCUUUGUCCGCGGGGGCGCCGGCCUGUCCAGCCCCGAUGCGGUGGCCGCGCUGGCCGGCGGGCUGGGGCAUCUGAGCGCGCGCCUGGCCCGGCAGGUGGACGAGUCGCAGCAGCACCUCACCGGCCUGCUGCAGGCCGGCCAGGCGGUGGCCGCCUUGUCGCGGGACUUCGAGGCGGCUCUGGCUCUCUUCCGGGAGUCGGGCAGCCACUUGCGCCCGGAAUCCUGAGCCAUGCUCUCCUAUCCUGGUCUUUCUCUUUCCUCCAC